AUGGCCUCCUAUCUUAAGCAAUGGAAUUGGCACUGCUUUGGAAAUGUCUAUGAAGCAGUGGAGAAGGCUGAGAAAAAUUUGGAAUCCCUGGAAGCUGAAAUUGGGAAUGGUAAUGCUAGUGAAGCUGCAUUGCUGGAAAAUGCUGAAAAGAAGGCUGCAAUCAAUAGACUUAUGGGAGGGGACAGGAAUACUAAAUAUUACCAUGCUUGUAUCAAGUACAAAAGGAAAUGUAAUAACAUUCACAAGAUUCAAGAUGCCCAAGGUUGUUGGAUCAACAAUUAUGAGGAUAUUGCUAAAAAUGUUGUUGAUUACUUUCAAAAUCUCCUCACUACACCUCAUUUAACUGCUACACCUGUGGAUCCUCAAUUCUUCCAGGAAGAACUCAUUUAUACACAUGAACUUCAACUCUCAUCCACUCCUACUGAGUCUGAAAUCUGGGAGGCCCUUAAUACUAUUGAUAACUCCGAAGUUGUUGGUCCUGAUGGAUAUAUAGCUGCUUUUUACAAAAAAUCCUGGUCCAUUAUCAUCCCG